AUGGCUGAAGGUGCUAGACUAAUUUCAAGCAAGCUUACUAAGACUGCUACGAGAGGUCAUGUUCUUGAGGAAAAUGAAGCUGGGGUGGUGGUCAACGCACGUCAAAUAGGAUCAAGACCACCAAGGUGUGAAAGCAGGUGCAGUGCUUGUGUGCAUUGUGUGGCAGUUCAGGUCCCUGUUUCCCCACAAGUCCAAGGCCACAGUAAAAUCAGAAGCCAUGGCGGCCUCCCUGCUUCCACCAGAACAAGCCCCAAGAAUGUAGCUUACUCCAGAGGCGAUGACAUUACAAAUUAUAAGCCUAUAAGCUGGAAAUGCAAGUGUGGGGAUUUGCUUUUCAACCCUUGA